AUGGCACGCUUACCCAUUACCGCGAUUUCCAAACGUUUUGGUCACUUGCAUUAUCUCAAUAUUUUGUACUUGCAAGCUGAAUUGGCUCUGCUGGAGCAGAGGUUGAAUCAACAAGCAAAAAUCGACAGAGACAGCUCCGACUCUUGCAAGCAGCACUACUUCCAUAGUUUCAGGUGUCUUUCGGAAGGCUGGACUGAUGCAGGUGCGUUCAGCGGCUUGCAAUGGCAGAUGAUCCUUCGAAUGCGGGAAGUGCUAAAAGAGUAUGACGACGAGAAGCAUCUGGGCCUCGCAAGUGCGGACGCCAACAUAUGGGACACUACACCACUCGAAGAUAUGGUAGCAGUUUGCGCACGAGAACAUGCGGACCCAAUCUCUUCCUGGCUGUUUGAAAAGGCUCUGGGAUGGUACAACGACAAGGGAGGAUAUAGAUUUGCAAAGAAGAAGGGUCUCCCAGGCACGGCCUUCGGUAAAACCGCUGUGUAUGGUCGCCAACCGGUUCUCCGAAUUGUAUCGUCACUCGCAAUCAGCGCUGCUGCACUUUCCCCAAUCGUCUCCAUCGUGGUGCUCAGCGGCAUUCCAGAGAAGAACAUCAAAUUACGGUUGGGAUUUAUGUCUCUGUUCACUGUCAUUUUCUGCCUACUUGUCAGUCUCUUUACAGGUGAGAAGAAGACCGAGAUGUUAGCUGCGUCAGCUGCGUUUGCUGCAGUACAAGUUGUGUUUAUCAGCGGAAAUAAUUGA